UUGAUGUUCAAAUAUCUAUUAAACGCAGUAGGUGUGUUAAAAUUGUGAAUAUGUCGAACUGUUUGGAUAUAAGCUACGGACGAAAUUGGAUUUAAGAAAUAUUUGUUCAAACUUCGAAUAUUUUAGUAACAGACGUGUAAAGUUCUAAAAACAUAGAAUGGAAGAAUUAGAAUCAGAGCUUAAAAAGUAUCCUUCAAGUUUUGAAGUUUUUGAAUACCUUCCGACUAGUAAGACAGAUGUAAAGAAAAUAAAAGACAAACUUCUGCUCGAACUGCAGUCUGAAGAAUAUGACACUGACAUUGAAUUUCGUAGAACAUGCAACUUGAUUUCAUUCUUAUGCUUUGUUCUGAAAGACUUUACCGAAGCAGAGUCAUACACCGAAGAAGUACUGAAACGCGACCCUGACAAUAUGAUUUCUCUUUCAAAUAAAACAUGGUUCUCCAUAAAAAAUUGUAGCUUGAGCCAGCAGUGUACAGAUAACUGUAAUAAACUAGAAAGCCUUAUGGUGAAUAGAUUUGCCUGUUUAGUCGCAAAAGCCGAAAUCGCAUUUACUUUCUCACGUCUUGGUGUUAAAGGAUAUGAUCGGGCUAAAUCGCUGUAUAAGGAUGUCAUUGAAGAAUGUGAGGAAAUUAUGACAGCAGAAACAAUUAAAAACAGAAAUAUACCGACCGACUAUCUUUGUGUAUGGAUGUUCGGUUACGCCCUUGUUCAGAGAAGACUUAUGAAUGUCUGUAAUACACAAAAUGAAAAUGAGCUGGACCAGUCUUGUGAUAACCUCCGGCAUGUAAUAGACAUUUUCUGUCGUAUUAUUAAACUUAAAGACCCUAGUGAAUGUGUCAAAAGAUACCAAGCUAGGUCGUACGUUGAACUGGGGCAUAUUUCAUUCAGCGAACAAGACAAGCUACAAGGUAAUAUACGGGAGAUAUAUCCAGACGAUGUGGAUCUUCCAAAAACAACAGAAGAGUACUAUACAACCGCUUUACAGAUUUUUCCAAAUGAUGUUUACAUUCUUGAAAAAAGUGGGCAAUAUUACAGGUAUGCUCGAAAAAUUGAACUUUCCAUACAAUUAUUGGAAAAUGCAAUCGAAAUAAAAGGCACCUCCCACGCUUACCACCACCUUGCCUCAUCUUUAAGACGGAAACUUGAUAUUGAUGUAGGAAAUGUGGUGUACAAGCCAUUUAAGGCACAGUGUAAAAGGUCAUCGAACAAAGCGAGGGCAACAAUGGUGCCUGUAAAAUCACCUCUUCAACCUAAACCAAUCAAUUAUGAGGCGAAUAAAGAUGCUGCUGACAAGAUAUUAGGGUACUUUAACAUGUCUGUUAAAAAGGCAUUCAACACAGCAGCAAUGUAUGACCAAGCUCUAUUUUACAGGCAGCUUGAUAUGAUUGAAAAAGCUCUUGAAUUGUUUGAACAAUUGAUAAAAAAUGAAGACGACCAUUCCUCACGCGUAGACUUGGCUAAUGCGUUUGAGCAAGCGGGACUAUGUCUGCAGCAAAUGCUGAAUCAACAACCUGGAGAUGAUCAACGCAAAGACAUGGAAGAAAAGAUGAAGAUGUAUUGGAAAAGUUCGAUAGAAAUUUCAUGCAACUUAAUUUCAAAAAUUCCAUCUCUGAAUAAAAGCUGGAAAUCCACAUUUGCACUGAGAUCUAUAAUUGGUAACGCAAACACGAAAGAAGAUAAGCAAGAUCUCCUCUUUCUGUAUAAUAAAAUGGAACAGUACAAAGAGGCACUUGAAGUUCUCAACGAAUUAGAGAAAUUAGCUGAGACUCAGGGUGAAAACAGUAAGAUUGUGAAAGGAAAAGUUGAAAAAUACCUUAGUUUAGGCAUGUACGACGAUGUAGUGAUUGCCUUAAGCACGUUACCAAAUGUUCUUGAUACAAUAGGCAAGAAACUGUGCAUGCAGAUUUACGUUGAAGCUGGAAUAGAUGCUCUGAAAAAGGGAUAUGACGGGAAAGCACGAGAUCGUAUUCGGAGAGCUUUUGAAGUUCUUAGCAGCGACAGGACCAACGGAUGUAAGGAAAGAUAUGAUUUAUUCAUAUUGUGUAAUAUGGAUGAUGAAGAGAAUGGACAAAAAUUGUUGAAAAUCAUAAAUUCAUUCGGGCUUCAUGCAACAUUCAACACAGAAAGACUACGUCCAGGAACAUCUAUGCUCGCAGGUAUGACAAAUGAAAUGAAAAAUUCAGAUCAUUUUGUGAUUGUCUUUGAUUUUGAUGCAAGAAACGUGAGCGUAGCAAACCGUAUGCAGCACUUAACUGAACGACUACAGCUCAUCGUUGAAGCUAGGGAAGCUGGAUCAAGUAGCAUCAUGGUUGUAAAAGCAAAAACCUGUGAACAACUUCCUGACAUGUUUCUUGGAUACAAAACAAUUGAUAUGGAUCUUCAUACAGUCCCAGAAGACUUCACUGAGGAUAGAAAUGCUAGCAAAGCUGUGAAAGAAAUAUUAUUGACCUUACUUCUAACCUCUUGAAAAUUGAUGAAUUCAGAUUCUUACUUGUGAGUGAAAAAUCAGUUUCAAUAACUUAAAUUGCAACUUAUCGAUGAAUCUUGCGAAAGAAACAGAAGAAAAACGAUGCUAUAAACAGAGACAUAUAUAUUUUCCUAAAACAUGAAACUAUAGGAUAUAGCAUACAUUCAAAAGAAGUCAUUAUCUGCAAUAUAACUGCAAUAUUUUAUCCAAAAUUCAGUAUUAAUACAGAAAUUUUACAUGAUAUUUUUAUGCCCCCGAAGGAUUGCAUAUUAGUUUUCAACUGUCCGUUCGUUCGUUAGUUCGUUAUUCACAACGUUAACGUUUUGCAUGAAGGCACUUUACCCGCGAACCACUGCACCCACGACCUUCAAACUUCAAUUGCGGAUAGUACUUAUUAAGUAUACGACCCCUAUUAACUUUGGGGUCAUCAAGUCAAAGGUCAAGGUCACACGGGCCAAUAAUGCUAUCUUUUUGCAUAAAGGCACUUUACUCGCGAACCACUGCACCCAAAACCUUUAAACUUCACAUGCUGAUAGUACUUAUUGAGUACACGACUCCUAUUGACUUUGGGGUCACCAGGUCAAAGGUCAAUGUCACCAGGUCAAAGGUCAAGGCGCUGCAGGGGCAUUUGUCACCAUUAGUGACAGCUCUUGUUUUAAAAUGAAAAUACCAAAAGAGCAUCAACAAAGGUGAGUGUCAUCAUAUUUUUUGCAUUUUUACAAGCAGUGUGUCGAAUAUCAAAAUUCGGGGAAUGGUAGGCGAUGUAGAUAUGAUUUAGCUUUACAGAAAACUUAAAGUUUGCUAAUUUAUUAUUAAUUUGCGGUCGUGGUGAUGUUUACCAACGAGUUGAUUUAGCAGUGAAUUUGGCCAUUUCGUCAUGAAAGCACUUUCAUUGUCAAAUAUUUCCAUUUUAACUAGUAGUAAGAAGCAAACCGAGUAGACGAGAGGUAGCUGUAAAGUAUACAAUGCAUUUGGAAAUGAAAUAUGUACCGAAAAUGGUUUGGGAGUACAGAUAUUCACUUUUUAUUGUGAGAAAGAGCUCUGUCGCGAAGGAGAUAGCUCUGUGUUGCAUUAACGGUUUUGAGCAGUGUUGAAUGUAUCAGGAUAGUAGUUAUGUCCCGUUACAUUAUACAUUUAUCACAUUUAUAUAUAUAUAUACAGCAUUUGUAUAAUACAUAUUGCUUUUAUUUUCAUAUAUUUAUUUUUUCCUUUUUUUUAAUUAGUGUCGUUUUAACCAGUACUUAUUGAUUCUGCACAAGUACUAACUUGUUCUCAGCAAGUAACUAUCAAGUCCGCUUUCAGACACACUGUGAAAUAGUCAGGGAUUCAAACUCAAAGCCCAUGAUCCAUAGAUCUGCACUUUCACUAUGACCUAAGCGAGUGGGCUAUAUUUUCAGCAUGUGCUACUUUUUCUAUAAAUUAAUAAAUUCAGUUAGAGAAAUGUAAUUCGUGAAAUUAUCAUGUGAGUUGCCUAUAUUUUUACGACGCCAACUUUAGUGGAAGUGGCUCUGAAACUUGUUUACACUACGUAUUACACUUGUAAAAUUAUAUUUGAAUAUAAUGAUACCAUAAAUAUUUUUCGUUGAGGACACGACCAGUUUUUUUGUACGUACCGGUAAAUAAAAUGCACUUUGUACAAUUAUCAUAGUCGCUUUUGACUUCAUGCUGAUAUUUAUACUAAGUACAUUUUAUUUACCUGCGAUUAUGUCCUUUAUUCAGUUUAAAUAAAUUUUCUAAUGCACAUAUGUAUAGACUUUCAGACUGAUAUUAGUGUACAUCCCAAAAUAAGGCAAAAAGAAAAAAAAACAAACAUCGCAUAGUUUCUCACUAAGUGUCAAUUGUAACAUUUUACACCUAUUUUAAAAGUAAGUACUCACUAAUUACUUUAUCAUUAUAUCAACAGAAAUAAGAUGUACAUCAAAUCAAUAAAAUGAUAUGUUUAUUCAUACUAGUAAACAUGCGUAUUAAUUAAAUAUUAUAGUGCGUUUAUUCGACUUGGCAGGGCGGAGUUUAUCUCUGGCUUAUGCAAAUAAUGGUAAUCUAAAAACCAAAACGAGCAAACUAAGUGAGCUACAGUGGUUACAGUGUAAGGUAGAUGACCAGUAAAUAAGAUAUCAGAUUGCUGAAUAUACUGCAUACCCUGCACAAUAAUGCAGUGGACCGUCGUGAAACCCCGCCCGCCAGGUCGAUUAAAAUGCGCUAUAGUUAUACUAUAUUAUCUGGGCACGGUACAUUUGAUCUAUGCAUCCAGCCGUAAAAUUACUAACAAAAACUGAUGAUCUUGUUCAAGUAUAAUAGGAAGUUGGCCAUUUUGAUCAAGGAAAUAGUAAACCGUGACCGAUGUUCUGGCAAUACCUUAUAUGUUUUGUGUUUUAAAUUUCAAAAAAAACAAAUAUUGUAUUAUAAACUUACUUUCACAUUUAUAUCAAACUGCAAGCGUAUGUGCAUUCUCGUUGAAUACUCUAGCGUGUUAUUUUUUUGUCAUAUCCAAUUGUGAAACCAUAGUUAGGGUUAUAGGACACAUUCAAAAGAUAGCAUGAAACUUCAUUAAAAUUUAUAAAAACGCA